UCGAGCUUCGGGUGCUGCUGAUGGCGGGACGCUCCUCUUUCUCGACUAUCCACAGCCACCAUCGAAUCCGCGUGCAAGCCCGGGCGCGACCUAUGAGGGCGAGGCGACUCGGAGGCGAACGGACUUGAUUCCAAACUGGUCUGGGACUCCCGUACUUGGGAUGUCACGUUCCAAAUGUGGAUGCUGCCCGGAGGCUGACUGUUCAAAACGGUACAAAUGCUCGAUUCGAACCACAGUUCGUUUUUAUCCCUCUCUCUUCACUACUCUCACUCCUCCCCGACGCGACACUUCUCGCUCUUAUUCUAGUUCUCCAUCUAUUCCGGCACCUGCCCUAGUUAGCACCAUGCUUCCACUGGCCUUUGCCGUCGUCAGCUUCGUGGGCGUCGCGCUGAACCUCUUCGGCGCGACGCUCUUCCCUGUCCUCCUCCCUGUCAAGCCCAUCGGACAACGGCUCAUCGCCUCCUCUGCAACCUGGGUCCAGCACCAGUCCCGUCUUCUCGUGUCCUACACCAGGCGCCACCUCUCGAGGCCAGCAUCCUCCGCCUCGAGACCUCUGGUCACGCCUUCGUUGCGACGGACGACUCCCACACGGCCGCAGCCACCAGCUCCAACAUCUGCCAAGCGGCUCGUCGUUCGGUCCAGAGCAAAAGUCCUCGAUGGCGCCAGUCAGUGUCGGUCGCACGUCGCACAGCUCCAACACCCGGUCUGCACUGUGUGGGACGAGCGCGAUGUCGUCGCCAACCAGCCGCUCCCGUACUACUCUGGCCCCACGUCGCUGAACCUGUACGUCGUGUCGGCACUCUCGGUCUGCUCUGGCCUGCUUCCGACGACGACGCUCCUCCUGGCGCUGGACGCUGGACUGUCGACCCGGGACGACGACUGCGGCUUUGUCUUCUCUUGGCUAGGGCUCUUCGUCACGCUCGUCACCGUCCUCGUCGUCCUCUUCGCCCUUCACAAGAUCUUCCCCAGCAAGGGCCAGCGUUCGCGACAGUCCUCUUCUGCCCUCCGGACGCGCUCUCGUGCUGCAAAGGGCGCGAAGCUAAAGGCGGCAGAUGUCCCAGGCGCUGCUGUCGUCGCUCGGUCGUGGUUCCCGGCGCCCGCCCAGCCUGUCCUCGAACCCAGCGGGUGGUGGACGGCGUCCUCGUCGACUCGGGAAGCAUGCGAGUUCAGCGAGGAGGUCCCGGCUGACAUGGCGGUCGACAUCGUGGAGGUCGUCACCACCGCCCUCGCAGCCGAGCCGCACGCUUCGGAAGAACGUCCCAAGGCCAAGUCAAAGCCGAAGAAGAAGCGGGCGUCGAACAAGCAGCGCAAGGCUGCCCCGGUCGUCGAGGCUGCUCAGACUAGCACCAAGGUUGUCACGGCAGAGGCUGUCACUUCUCAGGCACCGCUCCCCCGCGAACCGCAGACCAAGGUUGAGUCAAGGCCGAACAAAGCGUCGAAGCCUACGUCAAAGAAGCAGCGCCCGGCCCCGAAGCUUGUACAAUUAGACAAGACCUCCCCUUGCUCAGCUGCUCCUCGCCCGGUAUCCCCUCCCUCGGCACUAUGCGAGGGAUCUAUGAGGCCGUGGUCCGAACAUAAGCCUCUCCCCGCUCUGAAGCCCGGGGAUCUCGCGGUUCAGCAGCGCAACGAGGAGCUGAACCAGUCUACUGUCUUCCAGCAGGUCGGUCCAUGGACGAUGCCCAGGCGACCCGACGGCUCUGCGACGAGGAUCUACCGCCUCCCGAAGGCGUUCCCUGCCCUGGGCGAAGUCGCACCCUCCAACAAGCCCGCCCGCCGCCUCAGGAUGCUCGGCCCCAAGCGCGACCGCUACGUUCCCGGCGCAACGCGCAUCGGAGGUCCCGACGGCUGGCUGGUUGACGCGUCCCAGAGGAAACCGGCGCCUCCCCCGAAGCCAGAUCCCCGCAAGAACGCGAAGGGGAAGGCGAAGGCGAACGGCUCGACUGGGCGGCCGCAGGACGACCCCAAGUUGUGGGAAGGCACCGUUCAGGGCCUGAUCCUCUCGGCCAUAGAGAACGCUUCUGCCGCAUCACCUCGAGGGCGCCGGGCUCGUGCCGGACGUGGACGCCGCGACUGA